AGUGGAUCCGGGAAGGGAAGUCCCGAACCAUAGCUGAGCUCCUAUAUAAAUGCCCCAACACAGUGAUUCCCAGACUAGAAUCUCAAAUCAGAAGACCUUGGAGACGACAGUCAACAGGACCAUUUCAUAUCUGUACAUCACUGACAAUGGGCGUUUGCGACAAAGUACCUUUGCACUUUUUUGCUUCCCUUGUUCUUAUUUCUUCAGUGCUAAACAUAUGGAGAGGCACUGAAGGCUGGUCAUACCAUCCCUCCCACUUCAAAAUGAACUGGGAACAUGCCAGACAGUGGUGCAGGCAGAACUAUACUGACAUGGUGGCCAUCCAGAACAAAGAGGAGAUUUCUCACCUCAACAACUUCCUUCCAAAAGUUAAUGGAUAUUACUGGAUUGGCAUUCGUAAAAUUGAUGACAGGUGGACCUGGGUGGGAACUAACAAGACACUUACCAAGGAAGCUGAGAACUGGGCAGAUAAGGAGCCCAAUAACGGAAGGAAUAAUGAAGACUGUGUUGAAAUAUAUAUUAAAAGAGAGAAAGAUGAAGGCAAAUGGAAUGAUGAAUCCUGCUUAAAGAAGAAGACUGCACUGUGCUACACGGCGUCCUGCAAGGAUGACUCUUGUGUUAGUGGUCAAGGAGAAUGUGUAGAAACCAUAAACAGUCAUACAUGCUCAUGCUUUAAAGGAUUCUCUGGAGAACGAUGUGAACAUGUUGUAAAAUGCAAACCAAAUGAAGUCACACCAGCAGCUCAUGCUAGUGUCCAGUGCUUUCAUCCCAAAGGAAAUUUCUCAUAUGACUCUCAGUGUGAAUACUCCUGUGAGGAGGGAUAUGAACUAAAGGGCUCCAGUACAACAAGAUGCACUUCUACAACAGAGUGGUCAAGCAAACCACCAACCUGUGAACUUGUUCAAUGUCCAGAGCUGAUCAAACCACAGAAAGGUGAAAUGCGGUGUAAUCAUCCGAUGGGCCAAUUCAGCUACCAAUCUUCCUGUGAGUUUGUAUGUGAAGAAGGAUAUAAGCUGCGAGACAACAGCUCCUCUACACUGUUCUGUGGAGCAACUGGAUACUGGAAUGAUUCACAACCCACUUGUGAAAUUGUAAAAUGCAAACCGGAGGACGUCACGCCACCAGAUCAUGCUAGCGUCCAGUGCUCUGAUCCUACUGAUUUCUCAUAUGAGUCUCAGUGUGAAUACUCCUGUGAGGAGGGUUAUGAACUAAAGGGUUCCAGUACAACAAGAUGCACUUCUACAACAAAGUGGUCAAGCAAACCACCAACCUGUGAACUUGUUCAAUGUCCAGACCUGAUCAAACCACAUAAAGGUGAAAUGCGGUGUAAUCAUCCAAUGGGCCAAUUCAGCUACCAAUCUUCCUGUGAGUUUGUAUGUGAAGAAGGAUAUAAGCUGCGAGACAACAGCUCCUCCACACUGUUCUGUGGAGCAACUGGACACUGGAAUGAUUCACAACCCACUUGUGAAAUUGUAAAUUGCAAACCGGAGGACGUCACGCCACCAGAUCAUGCUAGCGUCCAGUGCUCUGAUCCUACUGAUUUCUCAUAUGAGUCUCAGUGUGAAUACUCCUGUGAGGAGGGAUAUGAACUAAAGGGUUCCAGUACAACAAGAUGCACUUCUACAACAGAGUGGUCAAGCAAACCACCAACAUGUGAACUUGUUCAAUGUCCAGAGCUGAUCAAACCACAGGAAGGUGAAAUGCGGUGUAAUCAUCCGAUGGGCCAAUUCAGCUACCAAUCUACCUGUGAGUUUGUAUGUGAAGAAGGAUAUAAGCUGCGAGACAACAGCUCCUCUACACUGUUCUGUGGAGCAGCGGGACACUGGAAUAAUUCCCAACCCACUUGUGAAAUUGUAAAAUGCAAACCGGAGGACGUCACGCCACCAGAUCAUGCUAGCGUCCAGUGCUCUGAUCCUACUGAUUUCUCAUAUGAGUCUCAGUGUGAAUACUCCUGUGAGGAGGGUUAUGAACUAAAGGGCUCCAGUACAACAAGAUGCACUUCUACAACAGAGUGGUCUAGCAAACCACCAACCUGUGAACUUGUUCAAUGUCCAGACCUGAUCAAACCACAGAAAGGUGAAAUGCGGUGUAAUCAUCCAAUGGGUCAAUUCAGCUACCAAUCUACCUGUGAGUUUGUAUGUGAAGAAGGAUAUAAGCUGCGAGACAACAGCUCCUCUACACUGUUCUGUGGAGCAACUGGAUACUGGAAUGAUUCACAACCCACUUGUAAAAUUGUAAAUUGCAAACCGGAGGACGUCACGCCACCAGAUCAUGCUAGCGUCCAGUGCUCUGAUCCCACUGAUUUCUCAUAUGAGUCUCAGUGUGAAUACUCCUGUGAGGAGGGUUAUGAACUAAAGGGCUCCAGUACAACAAGAUGCACUUCUACAACAGAGUGGUCUAGCAAACCACCAACCUGUGAACUUGUUCAAUGUCCAGACCUGAUCAAACCACAGAAAGGUGAAAUGCGGUGUAAUCAUCCAAUGGGCCAAUUCAGCUACCAAUCUUCCUGUGAGUUUGUAUGUGAAGAAGGAUAUAAGCUGCGAGACAACAGCUCCUCUACACUGUUCUGUGGAGCAACUGGACACUGGAAUGAUUCACAACCCACUUGUGAAAUUGUAAAUUGCAAACCGGAGGACGUCACGCCACCAGAUCAUGCUAGCGUCCAGUGCUCUGAUCCUACUGAUUUCUCAUAUGAGUCUCAGUGUGAAUACUCCUGUGAAGAGGGUUAUGAACUAAAGGGCUCCAGUACAACAAGAUGCACUUCUACAACAGAGUGGUCAAGCAAACCACCAACAUGUGAACUUGUUCAAUGUCCAGAGCUGAUCAAACCACAGGAAGGUGAAAUGCGGUGUAAUCAUCCGAUGGGCCAAUUCAGCUACCAAUCUUCCUGUGAGUUUGUAUGUGAAGAAGGAUAUAAGCUGCGAGACAACAGCUCCUCUACACUGUUCUGUGGAGCAGCGGGACGCUGGAAUGAUUCACAACCCACUUGUGAAAUUCAUCACUGCCCAGCCCUCGACAGCCCUGUCAAUGGAGAGCUGAGCUGUACUUUAAGCUUUAGUUAUGGGAGCAAAUGCAGCUUCAGUUGUGUAGAAGGAUUCCUCCUCCAGGGGGCUUCAGAGAUCAGCUGUACAAAAACGGCAAAGUGGAGUCAUGAACCACCUCACUGUGAAGCAGUGGUCUGUCCACAACUUCCUGAGCCAAUCAACGGGCAUAUGAACUGCUCAUCUGAAGAACACACCUUCGGCACCAUCUGCACCUUCGGUUGUCUUGACGGCCACCAACUUAUCAGGAAUGAGAUAAUGACGUGCAACCUCAAUGGGAGCUGGUCAGGGGAAGUGGCAUUGUGUCAAGCUGAUCCUGAUCCUUCUGCAUCACUUAUCAAAGCAACAGAAGUGACUCUUGGGGUUGCUGGUAUUAUCGGCAGCUCCAGUCUGUUAGUCUACUGGAUACUGAAGAGACUGAGGAGUAAAUCUAACAAGUUUGACCUGAACAGUACCUCGGAUAUUGAGGAUCCACCACAGAUUUAUAAGAGUGUUGACAGUCUCAUAUAGUCUCAAACUACACAAGGAAUCUAUCACUGCUGUAUCGCUGGACAGACAAAUUCAAUUUCAUUUCUAAAUGAUUUGACACUUUUAUGUGAUAAGAUAUUCUUUAUACUCAAUCUGAUGGGCAUUACCAUUUUAUCAGGCAACAGUCCUAAUUGAAUGUGAUUUCUACUUCCCAAUGGAAGCUUUUAUUAUGUACUUGACUGAACAUAUUGUUCUGUACGGUUAAACUAUUUCUUAUGUUAUCAAUGUACACUAUUUUUGUAGGCCUACUAUUUAUUGUUC